CAUACUGCGGACUGGCUUCCCAUUCUUGACUCAAGCCUGACAGAAGGAUUUUAUAAUAAAGGCACUACCCGUCAAGUCGGUGGAGCGAUGGCGGGACUGCUGGAGGCUGCCCUCGCAGCGUGCCUGUGCAAAGUGGGCCUUAGCAUCCUCUGGCUCCGCAUGGUCCGAGGAGGAUCCCUGAGCUCGGUGGGGCUGUGCUGCGGCUGCCUCCUGCUCCUCACCGACCUCGCUAUCACGCUGUUCCUGGCGUUCCUUCGGCUAGCUCACCCCUGGCUGGUGGCCUUUCCUGUUUCUGCCGACAUCAUUGCUCUCCGCUUUCUCCUCUUCCUCACUCACACCUACUGGGGCGUGAUGCUGCUCUCCACCCCUCUGGUCGCCAUGGAGAUGGCCUUCCAUCUCCGCUGGCCCCACCUCAGAGGGAUGGAGGGAGAGGGGGAUGGAGGGAAGGAUUUACAGACAAGGGGAGAAGAGUGGCGCACUCCUCUGUAUUCUGAGCGAGGGGAGAUGGACAACGGAAAGGCGGUCAGUCAGGCCGCCCCAGAGAGAGCAGAGCGGUCAGAGGGGGACAGUUCCUCUGCGGCUGUUCUGGCCCACAUCGCCUGUGUCUUGAGCUGCCUAUUGGCGUGGUGCAUCUCUGGGCUCCGCGCCGAGCGCCGCUGGAACCUGGACAUACACGCCGUCAAGCUCUGCCUGAUGGGAGACACUGGUGGUGGUGGUGGCGGCGGCAUCAGCUCUCUCUGGCGCUGUCUCCCCAGCCUGCUCUCUGUGGCCUGGCCAGAUGUCAGUGAGCCCUUCUGGGGCCUUCUUGCAGCUGUGGUCCUCCUGGGGCUCUAUUGGACCCUAAGUCUCCUCAGCCUAAGGCCGGACGCUGAAUGCGUUUGCCCAGAGAGGGCUGAGGGUUCACCAGUGGACGAAAAGGACGAAAGAAAACACUCAAACACGGAUGUCCUGGAGCAAGCGCAAACAGCCAGAAUGGGCCCAAUGAGCGCAGAGCUUUCUCUGGAGUGGAAGAGGGAGCGGGAGCCCACGACGAACGCGGAUGUCCGAGUGCAAAUGCAAACACGACAUGUUUCCCGUGCGCCCGUUAAUCCCUCAGGUGGCGGCUGGACAAAUCGCCUCACUGUUGACACAGAAACAACAAUCGACAGGUGCCGUGUUCUCAGCACUGAGCGACGGCAACCGCCCUAUCCUCAUGGAAAGUGCCACCUUUCAUCUCCGGGCUUUGUGUCAGUACCUGACAGUUGCGGGUCUCCAACUGAAGCCGAGAAGGUGGUUAGGCAAAUGCAAGACAAACAACUGCCGACGCACGGACAGCACCCACUGCGUCAAAGCAGAGCCACGGCAGAGAAUAUGUGCUUCACGUGUACAGCGGCACAGUCAGACAGUGGCAGGACAAGGACUGACCCUCAGCAGUUGCAGCUGCAGUGGUGCCCCCGACGCUGCUGCCAGACAAGGGCUUUCCAGGGGGGAUCCCCCAGCCCGAGAGGCCUGCUGAUAGCGGCGCUAGUGUGGGGGAUCUUUAUCUGCUUCUUCCCCAUGGCUCUGGGCUUCAGUGUCUUAAUCAUACGACACACAGAGACUCUGGUUUUGUUUGGGCUGAAAGUCCUUGGGCAGACCCCGCCACAUGACAAACACACCGAGUCAACAAGGACAGAGUGUACGGGGUCAUGAGUGUGUGUGUUUGUGUGCUGAUGUAAAAAAAGAGCUAUGUAUUGAUUGAGUAUGUAUGUAAGAGACAGCAGUGACUGCCCCUUAAUGUCAACAGAAGUUUGUCUAUGUGUUUGUUCAUGUUAGAGAGAGCAGUGUGUGUGUGUGUGUGUGUGAAUGUCAAACAGAGUAGUGUGUGUGUGUCUGUGUGUGAUUUGAAAUGAAUGUGUGAAUGAAUACAGCUGGUCUGUCCCCACUACUGGGGAGUAAAUAUGCCUCUCAUACAUGUGGUGUUGGGAGUAACAGAGAUAAGGGUUUAUGGUUGAAGCCAAUAAAAGAUGUUUUGAAUAAGCAUCACCAUGAUAUUAGCGAUCAGUUGUUUACAUCCAGUUUAUGUUUUCUGUUAAACCAUGAUCUAUGUGAAAUGUUUGACUUCAUGACUGCAGAGCAGCAUUCAUGCAGCUUUGUUGAUUUUGGAAAUAAAACUGAAAAGUUUUAGUUGCA